CCAGAUGUGGGGAGUUUAGGGGACCUGGUCUCACAUGACACUCUCACAGGGAAGGCCACCAGGAUGGAGGCGGGCUUUCCACGCCGGGCCCCUCUCCGCUCCAGCCCAUGAAUCGCUGCCCAGGAGGAGCUGUGCCAACCAUGACGCACCUGCCGCCCGCCUAGUGGGGGUCAGGCACCCCAGUUCAGCUCUAGCAGCGCCCGAGCUCCCUGGGCAGGACCACAACCCCUCCCCCGCAGAGAUGAACCGCUACACCACCAUGCGGCAGCUGGGUGACGGCACCUACGGGAGCGUGCUGAUGGGCAGGAGCAACGAGUCUGGGGAGCUGGUGGCCAUCAAGAGGAUGAAGAGGAAGUUCUACUCUUGGGAUGAAUGUAUGAACUUGAGAGAAGUUAAGUCUCUGAAGAAACUUAAUCAUGCCAAUGUGAUUAAACUGAAAGAAGUUAUCCGAGAAAACGACCACCUUUAUUUUAUAUUUGAGUAUAUGAAAGAGAACCUCUAUCAGCUAAUGAAAGACAGAAACAAGCUGUUCCCCGAGUCGGUCAUAAGGAACAUCAUGUACCAGAUCCUCCAAGGACUGGCCUUCAUCCACAAGCACGGCUUCUUCCACAGGGACAUGAAGCCCGAGAACCUGCUGUGCACCGGCCCCGAGCUGGUCAAGAUCGCGGACUUCGGGCUGGCGCGCGAGCUGCGGUCCCAGCCGCCCUACACGGACUACGUGUCCACGCGCUGGUACCGAGCCCCAGAGGUUUUACUCCGCUCCUCGGUUUACAGCUCGCCCAUCGACGUGUGGGCUGUCGGGAGCAUAAUGGCGGAACUGUACACGUUAAGACCUCUGUUCCCAGGGACAAGCGAGGUCGACGAAAUCUUCAAGAUUUGCCAAGUCCUAGGGACUCCCAAAAAAAGUGACUGGCCAGAGGGGCACCAGCUGGCAUCCUCCAUGAACUUCCGCUUCCCCCAGUGUGUGCCCAUCAACCUGAAAACCCUCAUCCCCAAUGCCAGCAACGAGGCCAUUCAGCUCAUGACAGACAUGCUGAACUGGGACCCAAAGAAGCGGCCGACCGCCAGCCAGGCGCUGAAACACCCCUAUUUCCAAGUGGGCCAAGUCCUCGGUUCUUCGGCGCCUCACCGGGAAGCCAAUCCCGCCUUGAAAAAGCAGCCCCCGGACGCCAAGCCCUGUGUGGACCCCACAGCUCAGCCCCUGCCGGACGUCGGGGGCCCCCCAACCCUGCGCAGCCAGCAGCCCCUGCAGCCCAUCCAACCGCCGCAGCUCUCCGAGGGCCCGCAGGCGCCCCGAAAGCAGGGUCCACAGAGGCCGCUGCAGCCGCUGUUCCCCAGCAUCGUCAAGAACACGCCCACCAAACCGGCGGGCUCCCUGGGCCUCAAGGGGGCCAGGCGGCGCUGGGGCCAGGCCGUGGUGCGCUCAGGGGGCAGCUGGGAGGGCCCCGAGGACGGUGACUUCGGAGCCCCGCACUGGCGGCGGCCGGGCGCGGCCGCGUUCAAGGAGACCCGGAGGAGGGACUCCCCGCUCAGGCCUCUGGACGCCCUGAGCCCGGGCGCCGGCCCCCCCGGCGGGGAGAACAAGAGCUCGGCCUCGGCGCCCCUGAAGCCGGACCCCGAGCCGCCCGCCGCCUCCGCGGCCAAGCAGUACUACCUGCGGCAGUCGCGCUACCUCCCAGGCGUGAACCCCAAGAACGUGUCCCUGGUGGCUGGGGGGAAGGGCGCGCACCCCCACGCCUGGAACAGCCCCUUCUUCCCGAAGCCGCUGGGGCCGCUGGGGGCGGAGCUCGCCUUCAAGAGGAGCAGCGCAGGAAACCCCGGCGGGCACGCUGCUCACGGCCAGGCGGGGUACGUUCCCUCCUUCCUCAAGAAAGAAGUGGGGUCCGCCGGCCAGAGGAUACACUUGGCCCCGCUGGGGGCGGCGGCAUCCGAAUACACCUGGCACGCGAGGGCCGGCCGCGGGCAGUUCUCAGGACCCCCUUACAACCCCACGGCCAGCGCCCUGAACAUCGUGGGCCGCGCGCAGCCGGUGGCCUCCGUGCACGGGCGGACGGACUGGGCGGCCAAGUACGGAGGCCACCGGUAGUGGGCGCGGCCGGCGAGGCCCCCGGCCCCGCGCCAGCGCCGUUCCCAGGAAACACCACCCACACCUACCUCUGCCGGGCCGGGAGACACCCAGGACCCCGGGGAGCGAGAGGGGCAAGAGGCCGCCAGUUCCUCUCCGCGCCCGACGUGAGCCGCGUCUCCGUCCUCGCCACCGUGCGACCGCGGGCGGGCUCCGCAGUGUUGAAUAAACUGUUUGCCAAAGUACCAAGUAUUUGCUCCGCGCACCAGCAGGCAGCGAGUACAGCGCGCUUCCUCCCAAGCCUCCGGACGUGUGUGUCUGGAGCGCCCGGCCUGCGUGUGUUUGCCCAGGCUGGGGGAGCCCCGGCGUGGGGAGCCCCGCUCCCUGGCGGGCUCGCCCCGGCGCUGCUCCCCGACUCGCUCCGGCACAGACCAGGGACCUUGUCCCCCUGCUGCGAGAGGAAACAGCGCGACGCCAGCCUCGAGCGGGAUGUCUUCCUCAGGGGUGAAAUCGUCCUAGUUUUUUUAACACAGAGUUUAAAAUGACGCCACCCGUUUAGUGGACCGAGCCCGCUGUCCGUCUCUCGGCCGUGCAACUGCUGUGACUCCACACAACCCUCAGCCCGCCGCUUGGUGGUUUCACACCAUUAAGACCGUUCUAGAAGCAGACGUGCUUAUCGGACUUGGAAACACUUCGUUCCUCGUUCCCAGCAGACACACGGCCAGGCCGGGCCCAGCCCAGCGCCGAGCACUCCCCCGCGGGCCUGGAACUGCAGAUUCUUCUAGGAGAAUCACCCCGAGCCCACCUGCUGAUCUUUUCACGUGUCUGCCCACCUUGCAAGAACGCUGCGUCGCUGAUCCUGCCUCCUGACUGUCCUCCAGAGGCGCGGGACUGAGCACGAUACGGUGUUUUUGUGCAGAAACCCCUCUCGCCUUGUGAAAAAUGUUCAAAUCCACAGAAUAGUGAGAAUGGCUAUAUAUAUUUGUACGGUUUUAAUGUCUCAAACCUAAAAAUGUUUGUGUUGCUGGGAAACUUUUAAACUGAAUAGAUAUUUAAAUAAAGCUGGUUAAAUAGAGUUUACACUUUGAAACCGCGAGCUGACAGUCCGGGGCCUCCUGCUU